UAAAGAAAUUUGAAUCGAUGGGAAUUCAAAAUGCAAUAAUUAGAGCACACAGAAAUUAUUGAGUCCAAUCCAAUUUUCAUUAUCAGUCAUCGACAUCAGAUUGAAAAUUCAUAAAUACCUUGAAAUAAUUGAGCGCCAAUUCUCCAUUAUCAACCUCAACGAAGUUAUUGAAGUUCUUAAUCAAGCGUGGAGAAAUCUCGUGAAUUGCAGAACCAAUCCAACACGCCAUUAAUAUUCCUCUCUCCAAUUCGAAAAACCUUUCACUUUCGUCUCUGUCACUUCCUUAAUUGAAUUUAAUAUCUUCUCUGCCCCUUUAAUCACAUUCUCUUAUGAAUCCACCCUUUAAAUCCCACGAAGUUUCUGAUUCCUGCAACUCCACCGGCCAUAUUUUCCGUGUGGUAGAUAUUCUCCGGGAAGAAAGCGAGGGCGGCGACGGAUUUUCCGGGGAUGUGGGUAUGUCCGACGCUGGAGAGCGCCGCCUGCCGGAUGAAUCGGUGAGCAUUCACUGUUUGUCGCCUCGGCGGAUUGUUGCUCGGUGGGUGGCUUCGUUCCGGCGACCGAAGCGGAGGAGAACGGUUGAGGAGGUUAGGAGAGAGAACGAGAGCGGAGAUUCUGAUGGUCCGGUGACGUGUUGUAGGUGCUCGAGAAAUGGAGUUGACGGUGGCGCUUCGUCGUCUUCACCGGCGAAGAUUUUUGGGCCAGGAGUGAGUAGGAAAGACGAUACAUCAUUCAACUUGGGAGUUGGAUGCAGUUUGUUGUAUCUUGUACUUGCGAGUAAAAAUGAACUUUCGAAGAUGGUAGAUUUGAGGAGAGAAAUGGAACAUUUUCUUCAAGAGAUCAAAGAGGAGCUGGGAAGAAAAAACAAUACCUUUGAGUCAUUCCACUUGAAUACAGAUGUGGCAUGUUCCUCUACAGAUUGCCAAGAUGGUCCUUGCUCUACCAGCCAGCUUUCAUAUCAGCAAGAUUUUGCAUCUCAAAUUGUGUCUGAUGCACAAUCAACUAUACUAAAUCAUUCCCGGAAGUCUCAUCUGCAUGAACACGUUGGGGAAUGUCAGGAACGGAUUGACGAAUUGGAAUCUGAGUUCGAGGCCGAGUUAGAACGUUUGCAGCUUCACUUGGAAGUUGAAAGUUCUUCUGGACGCAUAGAGCAGCCAAGAAUUAAGACUGCGAAGAACACGAACUUGACUAGAAGCUGCUGUAUGAGUUCUGGUGAAGUCACUGAUCUUGGAGAUGAUGGCACUGAGAGGCAACAAGGAGUUCCUCCUACAGAACUGGAAAGAAAGUUACAUGAAUUGCUAGAAGCAAGGCAGCAAGAACAGAUAAAAGAACUCGAAGGCGCUUUAGAAUGUGCCAAACAAGAAAUUAUUGAAAAAGAAUCUGAAGUUUCUUGGUGGAAAGAAACUGCAAAAGUUAUUUCUAAGCAUAUUCCAGCUCAUUCACGACUUAAACUUGCUUCUCAGCAUGAUCAGCUUCAACUACUUGGAAAGGUCAGGCUCUAAUCAUGAUGAAAGGGAUAUAAAAACAUGCCGAAAGCAGCCCUAUGGGUUAACUUUAUUUUGAAGAUGCGCACCAAGGACGAAGAGAAUGAAAGAAUGGUCAAUUCCACAAAUCUCAACUGACAACACAAUCAGAUUCCUUCUUAUCUUAAUUUGGUAGUGUCCCAUUUCAAAUUCUCUUCCUAAUAUUUUCCCAAAAUCCUUCCAAGUUUGAAAUAUUUGGAACUUUUUUUUAUGCUUGAAGAGAUACUAAAAUUUAAGAUUUGGGUGCAGAAAAGGUAAAAUUAGUGGUCAAUUUUUGGAUUUAAAUGCAUCACCU